GCGUGUUGUGGCCAGUCUUACGGCGCGGCGCAGACGCAGCGCACCGGUACGGUCUACAGUGCACACCGUCGGCGCGUACGCAGUCUCAUGUCAAUUUUCCAAUUCCGCGCAUAAAAUAAUAAGGACGUAGUGAACUGGGCCUUCCGGUGUUCUGUAGAAAACAAAAGUGAUAUCAAAAAUGGACGUGGAAGCAGUGAAAGAUGACCUAAGUGUUGAAGAUGGCAAGUUGGUUGUGUUUACCGAGAUUGAAUACACGGUCACCGACAAACUUACUAGGUUAUGUUGGGGCAAGAAGGAUCUUAGCGGCGGGCAGGUGAUCCUCACGGGAGCGUCGGGAGCGCUCAGACCUGGCCGCCUCACCUUCAUCCUCGGACCCUCGGGCGCCGGCAAGACCACACUCCUCAAGAUAUUGGCUGGGAGAAAAAAGACUGGCGUAACAGGAUGCCUGCUGGGGUGCGGUCGUAACGCGGUGCUGGUGGCACAACACGCGACGUUGAUCGACGCGCUGACUGCGCAAGAGACUCUGCAGUUUGCCGCUGCACUCAAGCUGCCCAACGUGACCAGGCGAGAGCGGAUUCAUGCCAUCGAUUCAGUAUCCCAACAGCUGGGCAUACAUGAAGUGCUGCACACGAGGGCGGGCAGACUGUCAGGCGGGGAGCGGAAGAGGCUGACCAUCGCCUGCGAGUUGCUUACUGACCCUACCAUCAUGCUGCUUGAUGAACCCACCAGUGGUCUAGACUCCGUGUCAUCUAUGUCGGUGGCGCGUGCGCUCCGCACCGUAGCAGCUAGCGGGAGGACUAUUGCCUGCGUCAUCCACCAGCCAUCCUCCAAGCUGUUCGCGUCAGCUGAUGACGUCAUCCUGCUAGCCAAUGGCAGGACGCUCUACGCCGGCGCCGUCGCUAGCAUUCCCGACUCUCUGGCUAAAGCUGGUUUCGCUUGCCCACAGUAUUACAACAUGGCUGACUAUUUGUUAGAAAUCGCGACUUGCGAACACGCGGGGAACCUAUCGAUGUUAGAAAGUGAAGCCGCGAGCUACGCUUACGAAAUGAAGAGAAUCGCCAAGACUGACGUCCAGGAUAAAACUGGUAAAGAAUGGUCCAACGAAGCAGAAGCUCUUCUCAGUUCCCGCCGUUCUACUUAUCAAAUUGGGUACACAGCCAACGUUUGCCAGCAACUCCGCGCUUUGCUUUGGAGAGCAUGCUUAGGAGCCCUCAGAGAUGUGCAUUUAACUCAGAUACGUCUAGCAGCGCACUUGUUGGUGGCGCUGUUGCUGGGCGCGCUGUACAACGGUGCGGGCACGCAAGCCGACCGCAUCAUGUCCAACACCGGCUGCAUCUUCUUCUUCUUGCUCUUCCUUUUCUUCUCAAACGCAAUGCCUACUAUUCAUACUUUCCCAGUAGAAGCCACGGUAGUUCUUCAAGAACACCUCAACAGAUGGUACUGGUUGACAACCUAUUGCAUAUCCAAAAUACUGGUUGAUCUACCUAUACAGUUACUCUGCGCGACAGUAUUUAUAUUCCCGGCGUGGUAUCUGACGUCACAGCCACUCGACUUGCAUCGGAUGGGGUUGGCCUGGGUCAUCUGUAUUCUGAUCACCAUCCUCGCCCAGACGUUUGGAUUGGUCGUGGGCGCCGCAUGUGGUGUCAAGCUCGGGUUAUUCGUAAUUCCAGCAGCAAACAUACCAAUGUUGAUGUUCUCCGAGUUCUUCAUCCCGUACCAUGAAAUGCCAAUCUACCUCCGUCCGUUCGCCACCAUUUCCUACUUCCGAUAUGGCUUCGAUGCACUUCUACAAACUGUAUACGGCUUUGGCCGCGACAAGUUAACUUGCAAUGCAGCAUAUUGCAUGUUCAAAAUUCCAGGUAGAUACCUCGAUUACUUAGGACUCCCGCAAAAUUAUCUCCAAGAUAUCUGGGCACUGUUAAUUUGGAUAGGGUUGUUACAGAUUGCUCUAAUCUUCAUUUUAGCCAUCAGAGUUUACAAAGCUUGUAGAUAGUAGCUUCCUAACAUAGAUCUAUACCAAUCCUAAAGUUAUAAGAAUCUCCAGUAUUGAUCUGGGCUGAGUAUAUUAAACAGGUUAAAGCUGAGAAUAUUUUUUUAGAACGGAAUAUAUAAAGGAUUGUAUUUAUGAGCCAAGUGACAAUUAAAAUAAAGAAGUAUUUUUAUAUCACAUUUUUAUGAAUGACAUUUUAACGAAUCAUGACAAAUUGUUUUAAUUAGUUAUUAAGUAGGUACGUAUAUUAAUUAAUCGAUAAAUAUUUUUAUAACUAUGUGUAGAGUUGUAAAAUGGUGUAGAGUUGAUAUGAGAUUGAGGAAAAUUGAAAACGAACAUUCCAUAAUCUGUGAUAUCGAUAAUUUUAUUUUUUCAAUUUAGAUAAUUCAACAUAUCUUAGGUACAUAUCGUAAGAUACUUUUAUGACUUUUAUUACAAUUAACACUGAAGAAAGAUUUUAAUAAUGAAUUUACAAUUAAAUACGGACAAAUAUCUAAUGGAACAUUAAAUUAUACUUGUGAUAACGCUUAUUGCAAAAAUAUGUACUAGAUACCUAAAUUACUUAAAUGUUAUGUGUGGGCUGUGGUACCUACUAUAUAACAUAAUGAUAUGAUAAUAAUAAUAUAUGUAAAUGACUGUGCUGUUUAUAUUAUGAACUUUAUAGUUAAGUAUACAUGGCUUGAUGUGUUUAAAUAGCAAUUGAGGAAAUAAUACAAUGCGAACAUUAUUAAUUGACUUACAUACAGGCAAAAUGAUCAACUUAAAGCGAUAGCCAGGUUCAGUCCGUUGUUUAAUAUUAAGAACAUCACAACUACAUCACAGAAUAUCUAGCUAGCUAGACAGCCAAAAUGACUACUUACAAUUGAAACUAUAAACUAAAAAGCAUCUAGGUAUACAAAAUAAUACAUGACAUCGACAAAGUCUGCAUUGGAGC